AUGGAGAACUAUCCCAUCGAUGCGUCGACCUACUCUCCGUUGUGUGCCCUUGCACCCCCUUCCACUCUUGAGACAUUGAGCCUCAAAGACGGUCAGCAAGUUUAUAUUCAACGCCAGUCGCCCCCAGUCUUGGAUUUAACAAGAGAGAUCAAGCAUUAUCAAGGCUCCUCGAACAGUACGAGUAAAGUAUCUGCUCGGAUCAAGCUAAAGGACAGGAUUACCGCCACACCGAUGAACCAAGCCGAAGAAGAGUCGAAGCCACAGCUGUCAACGUACAGCAUAUUUGCGACGGAUUUGUUGCCACGUAAUCAGAUUGUUCUGCUGGGAAGUCCUAACAUUCGAAGCUGGGAUCUGGCGAGGGUUUCUAUUAAGCCGCCCCAGACGAGUACCGGCAUCGAGCUGCCGUCACAGGAACUUAAUAUUCCAUUCCUAUUACCUUUGGCGAUGAAGAAUCUCAACUUCGUUGGAGUCGACUCCAUUGUAUCUGAAUGCACCCGAUUCUUUCAGCAUUCCUUGCUUGCCCAGAAAACACUGCUCGGAGGAUCCAACGCUUCUCAGCUGCUUCUCUGUGGUGGCAAGGGCUCCGGCAAGACUGGAAUUGCCACGACGGUAGCCGCCAGACUUGAGAAAGACCCACAACUCUGUAUUUGUCCUUUGUACAUCGACAUGAGCCGAUACUCGGAGGAGGCACUUGCUGGGAUUCUUCGGUUAGCAAUAUGGUGCAAGCCCACGAUAUUAAUCCUGGAUAAUGUCCACUACUUUGUCGGCGUGGAGACAGAGCACACCGAGUCGUCCAAGUCGACACGAAUAGCCGAGCUCUUUGUCAAGUUUCUUUACAGUUUACGGGCUCACUCUGCUUCUGUUCUUGCCAUUGCAGAGGGUACAUCGUCCUUGAACAAAAUUGUCUCGACAGGCCAUACAUUCUCUAAAGUGAUAAAUAUCAAAACCCCCGACAAGAGUGCACGUGCCACGAUUCUGAAGCAAUUUGUUGAAAUCGCUGAUGCGCCCCCGACGAGAGGACUCAACUACGUCUCCCUUGCGACAAAGACAGAAGGAUACUCCGCUCAAGAUCUCAAGGAUUUCACGGACAGGGCCUUGCACAAGGCGACAAUCCGCACGGCAGAUGCCAAUGUCCCCGAGGUGUCACUUGAAAUGUGUGACUUUGACGCUGCGCAAGAAGGAUUCACCCCGCUUUCGUUGCGAGAUGUUAAACUCCAAAAGUCGGAAGUGGAAUGGGCAGACAUUGGGGGACUUCAGGAGACUCGACGAAUUCUCUGUGAAACGCUUGAGUGGCCAACAAAGUACGCUGCCAUCUUUGCAAAAUGUCCGCUACGGCUUCGCUCUGGGCUUCUCCUUUAUGGAUACCCAGGUUGUGGCAAGACUCUCCUGGCGUCAGCCGUGUCAAAGGAGUGUGGGUUAAACUUUAUCAGCGUCAAAGGACCGGAGCUAUUAAACAAAUAUAUCGGUGCAAGUGAGAAGUCGGUCAGAGAGCUCUUCGAGCGCGCAAGCGCGGCCAAGCCAUGUGUGCUGUUCUUUGACGAGUUUGAUUCAAUAGCUCCUCGUCGAGGCCACGACAGUACCGGGGUCACAGACCGCGUCGUGAACCAGAUGCUCACGCAGAUGGAUGGUGCGGAAGGUCUGGACGGUGUAUACGUUCUUGCGGCCACAAGCCGGCCAGAUCUCAUCGACCCAGCGCUGCUUCGACCAGGGCGACUAGACAAAUCACUGCUCUGUCAUAUGCCGACUCAAUUAGAACGCAAAGAAAUAUUGCAAGCCAUUGCUCGAAAAAUGCACGUCGAUUCUAGUGUCGACUUUGAGCAUAUUGCUGCAUCAACUGAGGGAUACUCUGGUGCAGACCUACAAGCACUGGUAUACAAUGCCCAUUUGGAAAGCGUACACGACGCAUUUUCUGGGACCACGCCGGUUGACGCAGUCGAGACAAAGACUCCUGAAUUUGUCAUUCUCAAUGGAGCAAAAGGUGUGUCUAAAGCGGAGAAUUCGGCUAUAGCCGCUCGUAUAGCGACUGUGAUCCGUUCGAGCAAUCCAAGCAAGGUAGUAGUUGUGAGAACGGGGAGCAAGCCGCCGACUAUUACUGUACGGCAUAUACGGAAAGCUCUCUCAACAACGCGCCCUUCGGUGCCAGAAGUGGAGAGGCGGAGACUCGAAAGGAUAUAUCAUGAGUUCUCGAGCGAUCGCAGCGAACCACUUCCGCAACCGCCAGAGGCUGACUCGCGAAGCGUCGGCAACCGUGUAUCUCUAAUGUGA